CUGUGAUUAAAUUGUACCAAUAAUUGCAUUGUAUUUUUAUUUUACCAUUUUUCAUGUUUACGAUAUAAUAGCUUUGAAAAAUAUUUGCAAAUAUAACGUGCAUUUCAGUGGUAUAUUUUGAGUUUGGCAAAUAGCACAUUUAAGUUUCGAGGUGUGCGUACAAUGUCCAAACUUAGUGAUAGGGCUCCAAAUCAUCAAACCUACAAAUUAGUAAUAGUCGGUGGUGGAGGCGUUGGGAAAUCUGCAAUAACUUUGCAGUUUAUUCAGAGUUAUUUUGUGACUGAUUAUGAUCCAACAAUAGAAGAUUCAUAUACAAAACAAUGUGUUAUAGACGAUAUACCUGCCAAAUUAGAUAUUUUAGACACAGCUGGUCAAGAGGAGUUCAGUGCUAUGAGGGAACAGUAUAUGAGAUCAGGUGAAGGUUUUUUAUUAGUGUUCUCAGUUACAGAAAGAUCAAGUUUUGAUGAAAUAUAUAAAUUUCAUAGACAAAUAUUGAGGGUAAAAGAUAGAGAUGAAUUUCCAAUGCUUAUGGUUGGAAAUAAGGUUGAUUUGGAACAGCAAAGAGUAGUUUGGCAAGAAGAAGCGCAGCAGCUAGCACGUAACCUUAAAAUUCCAUACAUUGAAUGUAGUGCUAAAAUGAGAAUGAAUGUUGAUAAUGCCUUUUAUGAACUUGUAAGGGUUGUGCGCAAAUUUCAACUUUCAGAAAGACCUCCUUUAAAGCCAAAUUAUACAAAACGAGACAAGAAAAAAUGUUGCAUGCUUUAAUGAUAAUUUGCAAUCCCAUUUUGAAUAUUUUCAAUUGCAUCACAUAUAAUUUGUAAAAUAAAUGUCACAAAACUGUGCAAUAUCACUAACCAUAAUAACUAUAACAUAUUCUGUCAUAUUCUCUAGUUUUGGUUAACAGCAAUCUAAAACAUUUACUGCAAAAACGUAGCUUAUUGGACCUUAGUAUCUUUAGUUAGUUGCUAUCCAUUGCUCGUCCUUGUCUGUAUUUUUUUUGCAUCUUUAAUUUCAACUGUUUUCCUGCAAAUUUGUAUAUGCAUUUUGUAUUCUCUCAUUCAUCACACAAAUUUGUAACUGCAGAUCUGCUGGCGUAAAGUAAAGUAGAAAUUGUGAGUUAUUCGGCAAGGUCGAAUACGCUACGUGGCGAAUAAACCCACAUAACAUUUUUCCAAUGACAAAAAUAUUAUAAAAAUGAAUACCGAUACCUAAGAAAAAUAGAAAAUUAAAAUUCACUCUAAAAAAUCGAUCAUUCAACUUCGAAAGGUGAAAGGUGCCUCAAAAAUUUAUUUAGAAAAAUGUUUUUUUUCUAUUGCCUAUUCUAAAAUACCCAAUUAUGCACUGAUUAGUUCUGUAUUAUCAGACGCUGUUUUAUUGAACUCUCGCCCGCUGUCGUUUAAACAACCUGAUGCAUAAUAUACAAAUACGCACAUCGACGUGUCGUUUGGUAUCUAAAAUGUAAUUUCCGGAAACUAAGCCAUAACGAAGUAUUUUGGGUCCUUUGGUCCAGUAAUAUAACAUGCCACCAAUUAGGAAAUGAGGUUCUAUUAUUGCAGUCGGUAUAUAAACAUGUAAAAUGCAUACCAGCUACAAUGCGGCGGAGAUAAUACAAGUUUACAAUCAUAUCUUUCUUCACAUUAUUUAGGUGUCAACACGGCCAGAAAGACUAUAUAAGUGAGAGAGAUGUUAAAUUGCACAGGUCUACCUUAAACUUUUCGGCAGAUGUUUUUAUUUUGAAAAAUGAUUUUAUAUAAUUUUGGUAGGCUGAUUUAAAAAAUUAUAUGCAUUUAUUUGUAUUUGUGUGUUUUUAAGGGCAUAUCCCAUUUUAACAUCCAGCUGUAAUCUGCCAUCAUUAUGCUUUGGUAUCGCAGUUUCAUUUCCUUAAUGGCCUGGUAAAACUUGUCUCCCUGUUCUUCGCUAACUGCUCCAAGCUUUCAGGAAAGUAGUUCAAAAAGACAGGAAAUGCACUUUCAAACUCAUAUUACAAC